UCCUCCCCUCCUCCCCAUACUUGCCAAGUUCAUUGGGACAAAAGCACGCAGCCAGCAUGUUGAUUGCUUUUCGUGCUGUCUGCCCCCUUGGGAGCCGCUCUCAGUUGCAGAAGACAGUCUCCCAGUUCCUCAGGUUUUCCACCACAGGAAUUAUGUCUGUAAGACACAAAAACGCUAAACGCAUUGAGGGGAUUGAUGGCAAUGUAUGGGUGGAAUUCACUGCGCUGGCUGCAGAUCCUUCAGUAGUCAAUCUUGGUCAGGGAUUACCGGAUAUAUCUCCUCCUUCCUAUGUGAAAGAAGGUCUCGCUAAAGCGGCAUCUGUGGAUAGACUGAAUCAGUACACGCGGGGCUUUGGUCACCCGCUGCUGGUAGAUGCUCUUUCUCAAGUUUAUGGCAAAGUCACAGGCAGGCAGAUCAAUCCAAACAAAGAUAUCCUGGUGACCGUAGGAGCGUAUGGUUCUCUCUUCAGUACCAUCCAGGGCCUGGUUGAAGAAGGUGAUGAGGUGAUAAUCAUUGAGCCAUUUUAUGACUGUUAUGAACCCAUGGUAAAGAUGGCCGGAGCCACCCCUGUCUACAUCCCACUAAGAUACAAGGAAAGCGGCAAAGCCGCUGUGUCAAGUGGUGACUGGGCGCUGGAUCCCGAAGAACUGGCCAGCAAAUUCAGUCCUAGAACUAAGGCUAUCAUCUUGAACACUCCACACAACCCUAUAGGAAAGGUGUACAAUAGAGAAGAACUGCAGAUCAUUGCUGACCUGUGUAUAAAACAUGACGUGCUCUGCGUCAGUGAUGAGGUUUACGAAUGGAUGGUGUACGCCGGAAACAAACACAUAAAAAUAGCCACGUUGCCAGGUAUGUGGGAUAGAACAAUAACAAUUGGAAGUGCAGGGAAGGCAUACAGCGUAACAGGAUGGAAGCUCGGUUGGUCCAUUGGCCCUGCACAUCUCAUCAAGCAUCUGCAGACUGUCCAGCAGAACUCUAAUUAUACCUGUGCGACUCCAUUACAAGAAGCCCUGGCCCACUCUCUGCUCAAGGACGUGAAGAGGAUGGACAAGCCUGAAUGUUACUUCAAUGAACUGCCUCGGGAACUGGAAGUGAAACGUGACCGAAUGGCUCGCCUGCUUCAGGAAGCUGGGUUAAAGCCAGUCAUUCCAGAAGGAGGGUAUUUCAUGAUUGCUGACGUUUCUGUCCUAGGUGUGGAUCUUUCUGAAUUCAAGACUGAUGAAGCCUACGAUUACAAAUUUGUAAAGUGGAUGAUAAAAACAAAGAAACUAGCGGCUAUCCCAAUGACAGCAUUUUGUGGACCCGAAACAAGGAAUCAACUAGACAAAUAUAUACGAUUUUGUUUUAUCAAGCAAGACGAAACAUUAGACGCCGCUGAGAAGAUCCUGAAAAAUUGGAAUAAUUGAAGACUGGAAAAAUGUAAUAUGUAGCUUAAUGAAUCGAAUAGCAAUGUUCCCAUAAUCUGUAGCAUCGGUUAAAGGGAUUCUGUCACCUUGUUUUCGGUUAUAGAGCUGCGGACAUGCACGGCUAGAUCGCCGCUAGCA